AUGAACCAAGAGCUGGAAGAGACAAAGAAUAGGAAUGACACCGGUAUGGAAGGCAAAGGGGCCUGGAAAAAGCAUUCAGUGAUGGUAAAACAGGAUUGGAUCCCUUCAGACUAUUCAAAGUAUGUUGAUGAAAGAAUUCUAAACAUCGAUUUUGAAACAGAUACUUUCCAGAAGCAAGCAUUUUAUUUUCUGAGCAGAGAGUCAUCGGUUUUUGUAUCUGCCCAUACAAGCUCUGGAAAGACCCUAGUUGCCGAGUAUGCAAUCUCUCUGUCACAGAAACAUGGAACAAGGACCAUUUAUACAUCACCCAUCAAGGCAUUGAGCAAUCAAAAGUACCACGACUUCAAGCAGAAGUAUGAUGAUGUUGGGAUUAUUACAGGCGAUGUCCAAGUCAACCCCACUGCAAAAUGCCUUGUGAUGACUACGGAGAUUCUUCGGAAUCUUGUGUAUAGAAAUGGAGAUCUUUUAAGAGAUACCGAAUUUGUUGUAUUUGAUGAGGUUCAUUACAUUAACGAUUCUGAAAGAGGGGUGGUGUGGGAAGAAUGCAUAAUCAUGCUUCCUCGUAACAUAAGCUUUAUCAUGCUGAGUGCAACAAUUCCUAACAGCCUUGAGUUCAGUGAGUGGGUUGGAAGGACGAAGAAUCGAACGAUAUAUGUGAUUUCGACCAGUAAAAGGGCAGUUCCUUUGGAGCAUGUGAUAUAUUGCGAUUGGAAUGUGUACUCCAUCGACGAAGGAGGAAAGAUAAAAAACCCGUCCAAUUUCAAGGGGGACCUGGUUCCCUUUAGUAAGAAGAACAGGCCUACUGGAAGAUUUAAGAUUCUAGACCUAGCCAAUUUCAUUGUGAAGAAAAAGCUCACGCCAUCCAUAUUUUUCUGCUUUUCAAAAAGAAGAUGUGAGGACUAUGCAGAGAUACUCAGGACUCUGGACCUAAAUGAUGCAAGGAGUAGAGAGGAGGUGAAGUUAUUCCUUAGUGAAGCGACCAGGUGCCUUUCUCCAGAAGAUAAAAACCUCCCACAGGUUCUUAGCAUGUCAUCGAUGGUACUAAAUGGCAUUGCUGUUCAUCAUGGAUCUCUGCUUCCUUUUGUAAAGGAAUGUGUAGAACUUCUGUUUUCGAUGAACUUGGUCAAACUCCUCAUAGCCACCGAGACGUUUGCAAUGGGGGUGAACAUGCCUGCAAAGUGCUGUGUGUUUCUGUCUCUCAGCAAGAUUGAUAGUGGAGUUUUUAGAUAUGUCUCGUCUGGAGAGUACAUACAGAUGAGUGGAAGGGCCGGAAGAAGAGGGAUGGAUACCGUUGGAACUGUGGUGAUAGCAGACCCAAAGAUGCCUCCGCUUUCUACUAUUCGAGGAAUUAUACACGGAACUCCGUUCAGCUUAUCUAGCCAAUUUAAGCUGAGUUUUGGACUUAUUCUUAUAUCUCUAAGAUCAAAUAUCAAGGUUGAGGAUCUUAUGAGAAGGAGUUACGGAGAGCACCGGAGCCAGAGAAACUACGAAAAGGAUAUGAAAAGGUUAUCUGAGUUGGAGCGUGAACGAGAUGACACAUGCAAUGUGUGUGGCGAUUUGACUAAUUAUAUUGAUGCCGUAGAGGAGAUAUGUUCUAAAAAUUGGAAACUGAUUGCAAAACACAAUGUUCUAAAUAAAGGGACUAGAGUUUUGCUGAAGAACAACGCUGUGGGAACUGUCGAGAAGAUUUCAGGGACGACUGUCUUUCUGGAGACGGAGCAUGGAAUCUUAAAUAAUAGUGAUCCUCUUCCAAUCAAAUUUCUGUCUCAUCCCCUGAGCAUUAGAAAGCCUUUGGACAGGAGUAAGGUCAACUUAGAGCACAUUUUCUGUGUUCUCAAUGAUGGCCAAGCUUGCUGGGAUUACAACACAACAAAUGUGAUGGAUGUGUUGGAGAUAAGGAGGUUGAGGAGCUUAUAUGAUUCUUUAAUAUCCGAGAAAAAAGACUGCAAGGAAUUUGACUUGCAUUAUUCAAAUGCAUUGAAGACAUCGCAUAAAAGGAAGGAAAUAGAGGAGAUAAAGAUCAAAUACAAUGUCUGUAGCCUUGGAAUGAUAGAUGAGUACAACAAAAGAAUAGAAUUCCUCAAAAGAAGAGGUUUUGUUGAAGAAGCAAUAACGAUGAAAGGAAGGGCAGCAGCUGAGAUACACACAGUGAACGAGGUCUUGGUUGUUGAGAUGAUAUUCUCUAAUGAGUUCAGGGAGAUGGAUGGACGAAAGAUCAUUUCAUUGAUGUCCUCGAUGAUACAUGAGGAACCUGAUGAGCAGGAGCCAGGAGAAACCCUUUACGUUGAAUGCAAGAAGAUGAAGGAGUAUUUUGCAGAGUUAUCUAAGGAUCUAGAAGAACUAAUGAUUCCCCCGUUUGCACCUCUAACCUUUUCGCUUGUGGAAGCAGUUUACGACUGGUGCAGUGGAUCAUCACUGGCAAAGAUAGUAUCCAACCACGGUGUUCUCGAGGGCACUUUUGUAAGGCUUAUACUGAGACUUGAAGAAUGCUGCAGAGAAUUGAUGGGCGUGUCUGCAAUGAUAGGAGAUAAAGCCUUAGAGGAGAAAAUUAGAGAUGCUUCCAUGUCUAUGAAGAGAGAUAUUAUAUUUCUGCCAAGCCUGUAUCUUUAA